UCCACCCGACUGCAGAGAGUGCAGACGCGCCCACUCUCACCACCACUCCCUGCUCCACUUCUCUCAUAUGGCCGCACCGACCUCCCCAGCGAGCCCCGCCCCCGCCGCGCGGCCGACGGCGCCCCUCCCGACCAUGGCGGACAUCAUGGCGGCGUCGCGCGCGCAGGGUCUGCGCGUGUGCCUUCGCACGGCCGGCCCUUUCUUCCGCGUCACGGCCACCCGCGGUGAGGGGGAGGACGCCGUGGAGCUUGGCCGCGCCGAGGGCGGCGUCCGGCCGUGGCCUGGUGGCGCCGUGCUGCACCUUGACUCCAUGCGCAUGACGCGCGCCACGCUGAGCGUCCCCGACCGGCCACUGUUCGGGCUGGGAAUGUUCCUCGGCGCCGUCGCCGUGAGGCACGGCUUCGACGCCGGUUGCAAGCGCGCUGAGCUGCUCGCUAUCAACGACACGCCGCUCUACCACGACAAGCUUGUUAGAUUCUACACGAGGAUGGGCUUCAAAGCAGUUCAUGAGGUUGAUGGGUCAUCAAUCGGUGAUCUUGCUCACAUGUUGGUGUGGGGAGGUAGGGGUACAAGAAUGGAUGCUAAUAUUGAAGAGCUCCUUAUUAAGUGGGGAAAAAGAUUCAGACCACAAGACUAAAAUGUGGAUGCUAAUACUGAUAAGAUUUGUUGGGACAUGCAAUUUUUGCAGCAUACCAAUCUUGGUUAGAUGCAAUAAGCCUAUCUAGGAUGGAUCUAUUUUUUUUCCCUGGUGCUUUGACAAUGUGAUCACUGCUAGCAGUAUAUAUGGAUUUGUACCUGUACCUUAGACCAAAUGCUACUCUGUCCUUUUUUUUUUACUUGAAGCAGUAAAUCUACUGUGCUGGUGAUGUCAGCGCCAACAAUGAUUUGUAGCAUGAAGCCCAUUGAGGGCUCUGCAAUAACAAUAGCCACUUGGAAGAGCAGGAGCAGUUUAUAAGGAGAGAACAGAGUAGAAAAGCAUCCCAAGGUCCCAUUAUAGAACAAAAAGAGUAGGUGAGCACAGGACAAGUAAAUCCCUCUGUCUGCAGCAAGAAGUGACACAACGAUUUGUUGUUUCCCUUCAUUGUCAUGUUACUGUAAAAUAACAAAUUAACAACCUUAUUUUGUUAUCCUCUUUGUCAAAAAAAAACCUUAUUUUGUUA